AUGGUGCCGUGGGCUAUCCGAUUCUCGGAAGCCUUCUCGUGUCGCUCGUCGAGCGCCUUCGUCUAUGGCUCGAGCCUCACCAUCGGUGGCGAGUACGAGGGCAUCUUCAACUGGAUGUCGGUGAAGUACAUCCUCAGCUCGAGCAGCGGCGAGGCGGCGCCCUACCUCGGCGCCCUCGAUCUUGGGGGCGCGUCGACCCAGAUCACCUUUGACCCCGAGGGCGGCGUCAUCCUUGGCAACGCGUAUCGCGUCACUGCCGACGGCGACCCCUACCGCCUCUACUCGCACUCGUACAUGCUCUCGGGGCAGAACGAGGCCCAGGCGCGGCACGUCAAGGCGACUUCGUACGACCCAUGGAUGAGCGACCGCCGCAGGCUGCAAGAGGCGCCGGGCGAGCUGGGCGGCCUGCUGGAGAGCGCCUGCUACAACGAGGGCCUCGUUCAGACCUUUGACCUCGCGUGUCCCUCUGGCGAAGGCACGUGCCAGUACACCGUGCACGGUGCCGGAGACUUUGACGCCUGCAAAAACGCCACCGACGCGAUCCUCAACCUGCACAACGAGUGCCUGCUCGAGCCGUGCGCGGCGCACGGCGUGUACCAGCCGACGCCUUCGGGCGUGCAGUUCUACGCCGCCAACGCCUUCUUCUACACGGUCAAUGGUAUCGGGCUCGUCGGGUGGAGUGAAACAAAGGCAAUCUCCCCGCAUCAGAUUGCAGAGGCCGGCGCAGAGUGGUGCGCCAAGCCGUGGUCCGAGAUCGCGGGCGAGUACACGAGCGUGUACUGCUUCAUGAGCGCAUACGUCUCGUCCUUGCUCGAGGCGUACAGCAUCCCACCCGACGACACAUCGGCGAACAAUACGGCGCGCAGCGCGCAGCUCUUCCUCAUGGAGAAGCUACGUGUCGACAAGGUGCUAACGCCGCCACGUUUGCAGCCGCCAUCGCCCCCGAUGCCGCCGCAGGCGCCCGCCCUGUCUUCCGUCGCAGUGACGCAUCACGUCGUGGCCACAUUCAAAGUGAACGCCGCGUGCACCCCAGCCCUCGAAUCGAACAUUCGAAACCAGAUGGCAGAGCAUUCCGGCGUGGCCAUCAACAACACCAACGUCACGUGCGCCACCGUCCCUUCAACCCGCCGCCGCCGCUUGGACAGCGCAGAAGUGACCGUCACCUUGGGCACCACCGCGGAAAAUGCGGGCGCCGUUCAAACCGCCGCUCAGAGCUUUCUGGAGAGCGAUGCUGCUACCACGGGCACCGCCUUUGGGGCGAGCGUCAGCGAGCCGUCUGUCAGCCAAUCCGCCGUCAGCACGGCCAUCGGCGGCGGCGCGAAGCAAGAUCCGCACCUCCAUUUUGCGCACGGCGGGACGGCAGACCUCCGCGGCCGCGACGGCGCCUACUACAACUUCUUCUCCGCGCCGGGCAUCUCGCUCAAUGUCAGGACAGAGGACGCCACUUUCAUGUUGCACGGGGGAAAGCUCACUGUAGACGGCUCCUUCAUCACAGAGGCGCACCUCGUAGCCGGCGCGGGCGCGUGCCCGGCCGAGGCGCCGCGGGGCAGGUGCGCGGGUAUAUACAAGAAGUGGCUCAACGUCUCCUACCUCGCCUCCGAGCUCACCGAACAGAACGCCGGCUUCACCUACCUACGCGGUACCUGUGGCUCCCUGAAACCCUUCGAGGGCGGCAUCGCGUUUCGGAGGCUGUGCGAGGACGCGCUCGUGCAGUCUCGCUUCUCGAGCGCCAACUUCUCCGCGCGCGGCUGGACCUUUGUCUUGCGCGGUGAUGCCACCACAAAGGUAUCUCCUGUCCUGGCGGGUUCACCCCCACGCGUGCAACGAUUGUUCUGUAUAGGCAACCACGUGUACGAGCGUGUCUCCGGCCCGCGCCACCGGCUCGAUGUCAGCAUCAGCGCGGCGGAAGGCACGGCCGCCCGAGCACUGCCGCACGGCAUUGUCGGGCAGACCUUCUCCUCCACCUCGCCGCGCUUUGGAGCCAAGGACUGGUACCCCGAGCGGGGCCAUUUCAAGACAGCUGCGCAGGCGCAGGGCGCGAUUGAAGGGAGCGUAUCCAUGUACGAGGUGGCUUCGCCGUACGAUACUCGCUUCGCCUUCUCGCGAUUCGACGCCCAAAUGAGGUCCUUUCACCUUAGAUAG